UACGGAUAAUUAACCGAGAAUAGUCACACUUCGCGUAGGUACGUUUGUAUUUUCAGUGUUCCAAGGGUACUUGGAUGAUGAAUUAACACGUGAAAAGAUCGUUUACUUUGUAUGUUGUGUUGAAUAGAUUUAUUUUAUGUGAGAAAGGAAUAACGUGAGGAUGUCUGUGUAGAUCCUUUCGAUCAGAUUCCAUUCUUGGUAGCCAUUGUGGUGUAUACGAGUUAGAUAGAUCUGAAAAAUAGAAAUUUGGAAUGAUGAUCGAUAUAGGUCAUAGGUAGCUGAUUUGUAAAUAUACAGGGUGUCCGGAUAUUAAUUAACGAAGCUAAAAAAAAAUAUUUCUGAAUAAUGGUCUUAAUAUUAAAAACAUGUAAUGAAAAUUUCAGAUUUUUCAGUACAUAUCGCAGAGCUUGGAUCACGAGUGGACGAACAAAAUCAAAAAAUGUUAUUGUGACGAAUUUUCUAUCUACAAAAUUGAAGGGGCAAACUUGAUUCAAAAUUUGCAAGUUUGUUGUGCUCUAGAUUUUGAAAAUUUAAUCGUGUUUGUGCCUUUAAUUUUGGAAGGGAGACAAUUUGCCAUACCUAAUAACUUUUUUUGUUUGCCCAUUUGAGCAAUGGUCGAAUUUUAUUGAAGUCAUUUCAUUCAAUGAAACAAGUAUUUUCUCAUUAUCGUGUAAACUGAAGAAAGCACCCCAUUUUUGAGCAGAAAUGUACCAAUUUUGAAAAAUUUGCCAAAAAUGAGAAAAAGUUUGGAUCAUUCAAGUCACCUCAGUAACUCAAUUGGUACCUAUGUACAUAUUUGAAUGAACGAACAAAAAAAGUAAUUGUGACAAAAGGGGACCAGGAUUGUUUAUGCACAUGUCGCAUCUGGUACUUCAUCAGCAAGUUAUCAGCUGUUCUUCCUGUUGGUAUAUCGCCAUAUGCGACAAGGUUUUUUCCCAACCAUGUUGAUGGUGGUGGUAAGAAAUAAUAACAGAGGCCGAUUUCAUUCCGAAUUAUUUUCCUGGAAUUCAAAUCAUAAAAAUUUGGGAGAAAUUCUCCUCUAUCUAGUGAGUGAUAAUUGAGUAGAUUAGCAGGUACCUCUGAACUCUUUGUCAAAUAUCAAAAUCAAAACAUGCAGCAUAAUGAAGUACAUUUACAAAUAUGAAGACUCAAUGCGUCAAUGUGAAACUUUACUCACAGAAAAUAUCGUUAAACUCUGCAACUAUUCCAUGUGUCUAGUACAGUCACCCUCGAUUUCAUCAUCCGAGUUCACUGAACGAGUUAAGAAAUACGAAAUUAUGAAGAAGAAACUCAACACAGCUCAAGAAAAUAUUACUACGUUAAAAUCAGAGUAUAACGACUUAACUCUGCACUGUUUGAAGUUUACCUUAUCUGGGAUUAAUUUUAAACAAGAGUUUUUCAACUACUUAGCUCGCCAAGAGACAUUAAGAUCGAAAUUCAUCGAAACUAUCAACGAAUGCAAACAUAUAAAUUCGUGUUUGGAUGACAUUCUACGGGACUGUUCGAAUGAAGCAUUGAGCGAGAGUUCUAAUCAAAAUACAUUGAAACGUGGUUGUUUGAAUACAGCUGUUCGAUUUGAUUUGUCUUCAAUUCCCAAAGUAUAUGUUUUAUUGCCAAAACUCGAUUGGGACUAUGGUGAUUCUCUUACUUCGGAUAGUCACAGUCUCAAGCCUAAUUCGUUUUCAAACGAGCACGAUGAAGAGUUGUGUACAUCUGCAGCUGCUGCUUCUGCUUCCAAAUCGCGGGAAGUUUCAUCUUCAGAUUUAAAUAGCGAUGUAGCUGUGAAAAAAUGCAACCUAACGACCGUUUUAAAAAACAAGAAACAACUGAAAAAUUUGCUCUCUUCGAAACGAAACGAAGCUCCUAAUCUCAGCCAAUCGUUGGUGUGCAAAAUUUGUCAUCAGAAUAUCAGUACCAAAGGGAGUAUGAAAAGACAUAUGUUUUUGCACGAAGGUUUAAAACCAUUCGAAUGUGCCAAUUGCAGUAAAUCGUUCGCAAGAAAGCGAGAUGUGAAGUCACAUAUAUUUUCAAUCCAUAUGCCCUAUCAAAGCAGACCAUAUAAAUGCGAUACUUGCAGAAAAUUUUAUUCAACUUGGAGCCAUCUGAAUCGGCACAGAUGCUCAGCAACACUAAAGAAUCAUUCCACACAUAUUUCAGAUCGUCGCCAAUCUCUGACCUGCAACAUUUGCGGUGGACAUUUCAGUCUCCGAAGUGAUCUCAAAAGACAUAUGUUAAUUCAUGAAGGUGUGAAACCGUUUAAAUGCGCUGAAUGUGGGAAAUCAUUCAGAAGAAAAUCUCAUAUGAAUGAACAUAUCCGUGCAUAUCACUCUCCAUAUCACACCCGACCAUAUAAAUGCGACAUUUGUGGAAAACGUUUUGUAGCUCAGUUCCAUCUAAAUACUCACAAACGCCUUGCUGGACAUUAUCGCUCUUCAAAAUUAUCCAAAUUUACAUCUGCAGAUGUAGAUGAUGGUGUAACUGUUGAGGAACGAGACUCAACUAUUGUUUUGGGUGCCAAGAAAGUUAGAAAAUUGGUGUCAUCGAAACGAAAGAAAAACUCAAAUCCGAGCCAGUUUUUUGUUUGUAAGGUUUGCAGUCGGAAUUACAGCAAGCCGGCUUAUCUGGAAAGACAUAUGACUUCGCAUGAAGCUUCGAAACCAUUUAAAUGCGCCGAAUGUGAUAAAUCCUUUGCAACAAAAUGUACUCUGAAGCAACAUAUAAUUCUGAUGCACAUCAAUGAUCAGAGGUCUCUUGACCCUCAGUAUUAUUACUGCGCGCAUUGCAAUUAUCGAGGCCAAUUCAAGGAAAGCUUGGUUUAUCAUAUCAAGAGGCACCAUAUAUCAAAUUUAAGUCUCGAUGAAUUUAGCUGCACCGUAUGCGGAAAAACAUUUACACAAAUGGGUCAUAGGAAAAUUCACGAGCGAACAGUUCAUGUUAAAGAAAAAUGUUUCUGUUGUACAAAUUGUGGAAAAAGAUACAAGUACGAUAGAGAUCUUGCACAGCACUUGAAACGUGAACAGUGUAAGACUCAAGUAGUGCAUAGUACAUAGUAUGAAUGAUAUUUUCUCCUCAGUGAGUGUAAGAUUGCCCUCAAAUUUUGUUUGAAUUUUUGAAUUUUUGAUGCUGCAAAUAAACAAAUUUAGAGCCAUUUUACAGUAUGUAUUUCAUUUCUUAAUGUCGUUUUUCAUUUUGAUUGAUGUAAGUACCUAUACCUACCUCCUAAGUGUGUUCAAUUUUAGUUAUCAUACCUAAAUUAGUAAUUUUAAUUAUUGAUAGAUUUUAAUAUUCCUUAUUUCAAUUCACGUUAGAUAUUGCACUGUUGGAUCGUCAUUAAUUAAAUUUGUUUUUCAUUUUAUAA